AGUGUCUGGAGGCUCGGGUUGCAGGCUCUGGGGCGAUAUCGCCUGUCAGUCGGUGGGUCGGUCUUCCCGCCGGCCUUCCCCCUCCCGGUUCUCCGCGGGAGGCGCGGUGGAGUCCGCCCCCGGGAUCCCCCGAUGGGGGAGAAGCGGCGACGGCGGCAGCGGAAUAACCGAGCCGGAGCGUGAGCGGCCCCGGGGCCCCGUUCCCGGCGGAGGCCAUGGGCGACCCAGCCCCCGCCCGCAGCCUGGACGACAUCGACCUGUCCGCCCUGCGGGACCCUGCUGGAAUCUUUGAGCUGGUGGAGGUGGUCGGCAAUGGAACCUACGGGCAGGUAUACAAGGGGCGGCAUGUCAAGACCGGGCAGCUGGCUGCCAUCAAGGUCAUGGAUGUCACGGAGGAUGAGGAGGAAGAAAUCAAACAGGAGAUCAACAUGUUGAAAAAAUACUCUCACCACCGCAACAUCGCCACCUACUACGGGGCCUUCAUCAAGAAGAGCCCCCCUGGGAACGACGACCAGCUCUGGCUGGUGAUGGAGUUCUGCGGCGCCGGCUCUGUGACAGACCUGGUGAAGAACACCAAAGGGAACGCCCUGAAGGAGGACUGCAUCGCCUACAUCUGCAGGGAGAUCCUCCGGGGUCUGGCCCAUCUCCACGCCCACAAGGUGAUCCACCGAGACAUCAAGGGGCAGAACGUGCUGCUGACAGAGAACGCCGAGGUCAAGCUAGUGGAUUUCGGGGUGAGCGCGCAGCUGGACCGCACCGUGGGCAGGCGGAACACUUUCAUCGGGACCCCCUACUGGAUGGCCCCCGAGGUCAUCGCUUGCGAUGAGAACCCUGAUGCCACCUACGAUUACAGGAGUGACAUUUGGUCUUUAGGAAUCACAGCCAUCGAGAUGGCAGAGGGAGCCCCCCCUCUGUGUGACAUGCACCCCAUGCGAGCCCUCUUCCUCAUCCCCCGGAACCCGCCACCCAGGCUCAAGUCCAAGAAAUGGUCUAAGAAGUUCAUCGACUUCAUUGACACGUGUCUCAUCAAGACUUACCUGAGCCGCCCACCCACGGAGCAGCUGCUCAAGUUCCCGUUCAUCCGCGACCAGCCCACCGAGCGGCAGGUCCGCAUCCAGCUCAAGGACCACAUUGACCGAUCUCGGAAGAAACGAGGCGAGAAAGAGGAGACAGAAUAUGAGUACAGUGGCAGCGAAGAGGAAGACGACAGCCAUGGAGAGGAAGGAGAGCCAAGCUCCAUCAUGAAUGUGCCCGGGGAGUCGACCCUCCGCCGGGAAUUCCUCCGGCUCCAGCAGGAGAACAAGAGCAACUCGGAGGCUUUAAAGCAGCAGCAGCAGCAGCAGCUGCAGCAGCAGCAACAGCGAGACCCAGAGGCGCACAUCAAGCACCUGCUGCACCAGCGGCAGCGGCGCAUCGAGGAGCAGAAGGAAGAGCGGCGGCGGGUUGAGGAGCAACAGCGGCGGGAGCGGGAGCAGCGGAAGCUGCAGGAGAAGGAGCAGCGGCGGCGGCUGGAGGACAUGCAGGCCCUGCGGCGUGAGGAGGAGAGGCGGCAGGCCGGGCGGGAGCAGGAGUAUAUCCGUCACAGGCUAGAGGAGGAGCAGCGACAGCUCGAGAUCCUUCAGCAACAGCUGCUCCAGGAACAGGCCCUACUGCUGGAAUACAAGAGGCAGCAGCUGGAGGAGCAGCGGCAGUCGGAGCGCCUGCAGAGGCAGCUGCAGCAGGAGCACGCCUACCUCAAGUCCCUGCAGCAGCAGCAGGCCGUGCCCGCGGACAGGAAGCCCCUGUACCAUUACGGUCGGGGCGCUAACCCUGCCGACAGGCCGGCCUGGGCCCGAGAGGUAGAAGAGAGAACGAGGAUGAACAAGCAGCAGAACUCUCCCUUGGCCAAGACCAAGCCAGGCAGCACAGGGCCUGAGCCCCCCGUCCCCCAGGCCUCCCCUGGGCCCCCAGGACCCCUUUCCCAAACUCCUCCUAUGCAGAGGCCGGUGGAGCCCCAGGAGGGACCACACAAGAGCCUGGUGGCACACCGGGUCCCACUGAAGCCAUAUGCAGCGCCUGUACCCCGAUCCCAGUCCCUGCAGGACCAGCCCACCCGAAACCUGGCUGCCUUCCCAGCCUCACACGACCCCGACCCCACCGUGCCCGCGCCCACUGCCACGCCUAGUGCCCGAGGAGCCGUCAUCCGCCAGAACUCAGACCCCACUUCCGAAGGGCCUGGCCCCAGCCCGAACCCCCCAGCCUGGGUCCGGCCUGAUAAUGAGGCCCCUCCCAAGGUGCCUCAGAGGACUUCGUCUAUCGCCACUGCCCUUAACACCAGUGGGGCUGGAGGGCCCCGGCCAGCCCAGGCUGUCCGUGCCAGACCUCGCAGCAACUCCGCCUGGCAAAUCUACCUGCAAAGGCGGGCAGAGCGGGGCAGCCCCAAGCCUCCAGGGCCCCCCGCUCAGCCCCCUGGCCCGCCCAGCGCUUGUAGUAACCCUGACCUCAGGAGGAGCGACCCUGGCUGGGAGCGCUCAGACGGCGUCCUCCCCGCCUCUCACGGGCACCUCCCCCAGGCUGGCUCACUGGAGCGGAACCGGCUGGGAGCCUCCAAACUGGACAGCUCCCCCGUGCUCUCCCCCGGGAACAAAGCCAAGCCCGAUGACCACCGCUCGCGGCCAGGCCGGCCCGCAGAUUUUGUGUUGCUGAAAGAGCGGACCCUGGACGAGGCCCCCCGGCCUCCCAAGAAGGCCAUGGACUACUCGUCAUCCAGCGAGGAGGUGGAGAGCAGCGAGGACGACGAGGAGGAGAGCAACGGGGAACCGUCAGAGGGGAGCAGGGAUACCCCUGGGGGCCGCAGCGAUGGAGACACAGACAGCGUCAGCACCAUGGUGGUCCAUGACGUGGAGGAGAUAGCCGGAACCCAGACCCCCUAUGGGGGUGGCACCAUGGUGGUCCAGCGUACCCCCGAAGAGGAGCGAAGCCUGCUGCACGCUGACAGCAACGGCUACACGAACCUGCCGGAUGUGGUCCAGCCCAGCCACUCGCCCACCGAGAGCAGCAAAGGUCAAAGCCCCACCUUGAAGGAUGGAGGCAGUGAUUACCAGUCUCGUGGGCUGGUAAAGGCCCCUGGCAAGAGCUCGUUCACCAUGUUUGUGGACCUGGGGAUCUACCAGCCUGGAGGCAGUGGGGACACCAUCCCCAUCACAGCCCUGGUGGGUGGAGAGGGCGGUCGGCUCGAUCAGCUGCAGUAUGACGUGAGGAAAGGCUCUGUGGUCAACGUGAACCCCACCAACACCCGGGCCCACAGCGAAACCCCCGAGAUUCGGAAGUACAAGAAGCGGUUCAAUUCCGAGAUCCUCUGUGCGGCCCUUUGGGGGGUCAACCUGCUGGUGGGCACGGAGAACGGGCUGAUGCUGCUGGACCGAAGUGGGCAGGGCAAGGUGUAUGGACUCAUCGGGCGGCGACGCUUCCAGCAAAUGGAUGUGCUGGAGGGACUCAACUUGCUCAUCACCAUCUCAGGGAAAAGAAACAAAUUGCGGGUAUAUUAUUUGUCCUGGCUCCGGAACAAGAUCCUGCACAAUGACCCAGAAGUGGAGAAGAAGCAGGGCUGGACCACCGUGGGGGACAUGGAGGGCUGCGGGCACUACCGCGUUGUGAAAUAUGAACGCAUCAAAUUCCUGGUCAUCGCCCUGAAGAACUCUGUGGAGGUGUAUGCUUGGGCCCCCAAACCUUACCACAAAUUCAUGGCUUUCAAGUCGUUUGCUGACCUCCCACACCGCCCUCUGCUGGUGGACCUGACGGUAGAGGAGGGACAGAGGCUCAAGGUCAUCUAUGGCUCCAGUGCUGGCUUCCACGCUGUGGAUGUCGACUCGGGGAACAGCUACGACAUCUACAUCCCUGUGCACGUAAGCUUGGCAGGGCUGCGGGCAGACUGGGGCCACCAGUCUGUGCCCCAGACUUGGGGCCUCCAGCCCACCUUCUCCUCCCAGAUCCAGAGCCAGAUCACGCCCCACGCCAUCAUCUUCCUCCCCAACACGGACGGCAUGGAGAUGCUGCUGUGCUACGAGGAUGAGGGCGUCUAUGUCAACACGUACGGGCGGAUCAUUAAGGAUGUGGUGCUGCAGUGGGGAGAGAUGCCCACCUCAGUGGCCUAUAUCUGCUCCAACCAGAUCAUGGGCUGGGGUGAGAAAGCCAUCGAGAUCCGCUCUGUGGAGACGGGCCACCUAGACGGGGUCUUCAUGCACAAACGAGCCCAGAGGCUCAAGUUCCUGUGUGAGCGGAACGACAAGGUGUUUUUUGCCUCAGUCCGCUCCGGGGGCAGCAGCCAAGUUUACUUCAUGACCCUGAACCGUAACUGCAUCAUGAACUGGUGACGGGGCCCUGGACGGGGCUGUCCCACGUGGACCAGCUCUCCCCCCCCCCCACACCCAGACUUCCCAGGCCGCCCUUCUUUUCCCUCCCUGGGCUUUGCUUUUACUGGUUUGAUUCACUGGAGCCUGCUGGGAACGUGACCUCUGACCCCUGAUGCUUUUGUGAUCACGUGACCAUCCUCUUCCCCAACAUGUUCUCUCCCCAAAACUGUGCCCGUCCCAACUUCUGGGGAGAGGCACAGCUUCCCCUUACCAGGAAUUGAGUGGGCCUAGCCCCACCCCCCCCUUCUCCACUUAAGAGGAGAAUGCUUGGGGCUUGGACCCCAUACCCCACUGCUGCUGACUCGGCAGGGCCCUGGGCCCCUUUAUUUGCACGUCAGGGGAGCCGGCUCCCCCCUUGAAUGUACCAGACCCUGGGGGGGGUCACUGGGCCCUAGGUUUUAGGGGGGUCUCCAGCCACUCCAGGGGCAGGGACCAUUUCCUCAUUUUCUGAAAGCACUUUAAUGAUUCCCCUCCCCCCAAACCCCAGGGAAUGGAGGGGGGACCCCGCCAGCCAAAACAUUUACCCCUUUCCAACCCCCGUCUCUUCUAGCCUCUGCCCUUCCCUGGUGGAGGGAGGGAGCAGGGAGCUCUCGCCCUCCAUACCCCCUUGCUUGCAUCUGUAUAUAGUGUGAGCAGCAAGUAGCCCUGGCCCCUCCCUGCCCCCACCACUCCUUAAUGUAGUGGCCUUGGAGAUCUCCGUUUGUUAAUAAAGACAAUUCAACCAGC